AUGUCUAAACCUUCAGACCAUAUCAAGCGACCCAUGAACGCCUUCAUGGUAUGGUCCCGAGGCCAGCGGCGCAAAAUGGCCCAGGAAAACCCCAAGAUGCACAACUCAGAGAUCAGCAAACGCCUCGGCGCCGAAUGGAAGCUUCUGUCCGAGGCAGAGAAGCGGCCGUACAUCGACGAGGCCAAGAGGCUACGCGCCCAGCACAUGAAGGAGCACCCCGACUACAAGUACCGGCCGCGGCGCAAGCCCAAGAACCUGCUCAAGAAGGACAGGUAUGUCUUCCCCCUGCCCUACCUGGGCGACACGGACCCGCUCAAGGCGGCCGGCCUGCCCGUGGGGGCCUCCGACGGCCUCCUGAGCGCGCCCGAGAAAGCCCGGGCCUUCUUGCCGCCCGCCUCGGCGCCCUACUCCCUGCUGGACCCUGCGCAGUUUAGCUCGAGCGCCAUCCAGAAGAUGGGCGAAGUGCCCCACACCUUGGCCACCGGCGCGCUGCCCUACGCGUCCACCCUGGGCUACCAGAACGGCGCCUUCGGCAGCCUCAGCUGCCCCAGCCAGCACACGCACACGCACCCGUCCCCCACCAACCCGGGCUACGUGGUGCCCUGUAACUGUACCGCCUGGUCUGCCUCCACCCUGCAGCCCCCUGUCGCCUACAUCCUCUUCCCGGGCAUGACCAAGACUGGCAUAGACCCUUAUUCGUCAGCCCACGCCACAGCCAUGUAA